CACCAACUACUCCUUCAUAUCUCUUUUCCAAAUGGUCGGAUCAAAGGUUCUUUCCGCUGCCCUGCUCCUCAAUGGAGUAGUGGCCUUCCCACAUAUUGCCGAGAUGGUUGCGAAGCAACAACUCGAGGAGCGACAGGAGCUUGGCACCCUUGUUCCUUUCCCUCAAUACCCUGGAUCUCCAUCUCACGCUCUCUACAACGACUUCGACCCAUCUACCCAGCUGGUCUCCACAUCAGGGGACCAUGAGUUCAGGGCGCCAGGUGACAGCGAUAUUCGUGGACCAUGCGCAGGCUUGAACGCCGCUGCCAACCACGGCUACAUUCCCCGCAGUGGAAUCAUGACCGCCGAGGCCAUCAACACCGGUCUUUGGGAAGCCUUCUCCCUCGACAAGACCGCCACCAUCUUCCUCCAGACCGCCACCAUGUUCUUCGACGGUGACCCAAUCUCCGGCAAGUGGUCUAUCGGCCGCCCACCACCAAACGGUCUCAACUCGCUAGGCGCCUUGGGCGACGUUCUCGGAAAGUCUUCCGGUAUCUGUGGCGGUGCUGCCCACUUGAAGACCGAGGGUGAUGCAUCCAUCACUCGUGGCGACUACCUCGCACCAACGAUGAACUCCAACUGCCGCUCUUACCCGCAAUUCGCCCAGGAACUCCUCGACCUCGCACAGAAGCGGGAGAAUGGCAACAUCUCUCCACGAGUGUUGGCUGAACACAGCUACAACCGCAAGAAAUACUCUAUUGCCAACAACCCAAACUAUUACUCUCCCGCUUACGCUGGUGUUGCAUUCACCUUCGGCGCCCACAUGUUCGCACAUGUCCUCCUCGCCAACCACUCCGCCGAGCAGCCCCGCGGCUUCCUCGAGCCCGCAGUCUGGAAGGCCUGGUUCUCUUACACCGACGGCCCCAACGGCGAGCUGAUCCAGACCGCCGGCCACGAGCGUAUCCCGGAUAACUGGUACAAGCGUGCCCCCGCCGACGCUUGGACUCUCUCCGACAUCGUCACCUCCACCGCCCAGCAGUGCGCCGCAUACCCAUCCAACUGCCAGGUCGGCGGCAAUACCGGCAAGGUCAACUCCUUCUCCGGCGUGAACCUCGGUGACAUCUCCGGCGGGCUCGUCAACUCCGCUACCGACCUUUCCGACCCUGCACGCAUGGGCUGUUUCAUCCGCCAGAUGAUCCAGGCUAACACCCCGUCUUUCCUCGCGAACACUUUCUCCGGUGCGAUUCUCGACCAGAUGAACAACCUCGUCAAGACCAUGCUGGACCCUGCUCUCGACCUCCUCGGAAACUGCCCCAACCUUCCAGCGGGCAAAUCUGUCGACACCUACGACUCUAAGUUCCCUGGCGCGCAGAACCCGGCUGGUGGAUCUGCUGGACGAUUGUAAAUGGUCGAACAGUACCUAUCGACGUUUUGGAAUACGACUUGAUGCGCGAUGCAUCAAG